AUGGAUUCUUCAUUUGAGAAUUUGGAUGCUAGUCAGGAACCGGUUCCAGAAAGCUUUGCCCUUGAAAUGGAUUCAAAAGACGAGAAUUUCUCCGAUUUGAUACACGAACUUAAGCAAAUCAGAAGCGAAUUAGUGCAAAACAGAAAUGAACUUAGAAACGAAUUAACGCAAAAUAGAAAUGAACUCAUACAAACCCGGAAUGAGCUUAGAAAUGAGCUAAUACAAAAUAGAAUUGAAGUUCUGCAAGUGAAACGAGAAGUCCAAAGAAUUCAACUAUCGUUUAACUCCCGUAAUGAUUUAACAACAGGUGUAUUUCGACUUCCAGAUGAGAUUUUAUUGAUUAUCCUAGAGUAUGCAAAUCAGAUGGAUACCUUUCAUUUAGCUUUAACCCAUAGACAUUUUGAAAUUGCUUGUAAAAUGAAAUUGUUUAAAUCACUUUAUGUCUAUAAUGACUCUGAACCCGAAAAAGUUAUCAACGUACCUAAAAAGUUGUAUACUCCAUUUUAUAAGAAAUAUACAGUGGUUGCAUUCACUAAAUUGCUAAAGUUAAUUCAGGUUCUUAUCAUAGACCCGAGUACCUCAAACAAAUUCUUUUUGAUUUUGACAAACAGGUGA